AUGGAGGCCUCGGCGGUGGCGAAGGCCUCCGCGGACGAGGCGCGGCGGAUUUGCCGGGAGAUCCGGCGGAUCGGCGGCGGCGAUCGAGUGACCUUUGGUGAACUGGUGAAGGAUGAGAUCGUCGAACAGACCUUCGAAGCCUUGAUGGGCACCUUGAAGGCGGCACGAAAGAAAGGCUUCAUUGCCUUCGAGGGGGAACUCCUCUUGCAAGGUCAGCAUGAUGCAGUCGUCAUUUCCAUCACCGAAUCUGGAGCCAAUGCUCCAGAUGACGCUGAUGCAGAUCCUCCACCACGCACCGCAGAAGCCGGCUACACGGCGCCUGCAGCGGAGCCGGCGCCGGCUGCAGCGCCCGUACCCGCGGAGGAGCCUCCCACCACGACCAGUCGGCAGGGCUCAAAGCAGUCAAACAGAAGCGACGAGAAGUUCCAGGUGGACAUGUCGUACAUCAAUCAUCGCACGGGCGAGGUGGACCGGCUGGAAGGCCGUCGAUCAGUGCUGGCUGGAAAGCCCGCCGAGGGUCCGGUGACACAUUCGCCUUCGGUGAAGAAGGAAGAGGAUGGGAAGUGGAAGGUGGAUACCUCCUACAUCGGCUACCGCACUGAGAAUCCGGACAACCUGACCCGGAAGGAGGAGAAGGUAGACGAUGCAGUCUAUGCACAUCCGGAGGAUCGGAAAUACCCCCACGAGGAGCUGAAGGUGAGCCGCGGCAAGCCGCCCGAUGUGGAUCCGGCCAAGAGGGAGCUCUACCUCUCGGAGUCCGACUUCAAGUCCAUCUUUGGGAUGACAAUCUGGGACUUUCAGAAGCUUCCAAAGUGGAAGCAACAAAAUGCCAAGAAGGCCAAAGACCUCUUUUGA